AAUCAGAUGCAUAUCUAACCUCGGAGUAAGAACACAACGGUCAAAAUACGUGCGGUCAAUUAGAAACUCCAAAUGCAUAUGAAUGUGAUGUAUUGAUAAAAUCUUGUAAUAAGACCAGCAUUAACGCUGAUCCUUAGUAGAGUUUUAAGGUAAAAAAAUGAUUUAAAUAAAAAAAAAAGAAAAUAAAACAGGAGUUAUCGAUCCUUAAUUAGAGAGUUUGGUUACCGAUUAUAACUGGAGUUUUAUACACACGUGUCACCAUUCUGUGUUUUUUUUUUUAAUUUUUAUUUCUUUUGUUCUUUCUUCUCUCCUCUCACUUCUUGUCUUCUCGUGUUCUCCGUCCAAAGAAAGUCGAAACCGACGAUUGAUCCAAACCCACCACCGAUUUUCCACACAGAUCCUCCACACCGAUCCUCCAUACUGAUCCUCCGUCUCGCUUUCGUUUUCGUCUUCUCCUCUUCUCCGUGACGGAGGAGGGAUCGAAACCCAUCACGAAGACGACGAUUCUCCCGCUCUUCAUGGCGUCUCCUCCGUCUUCUCCGUCUUCUCCACCGAUCGAAACCCAUCACCAAGGAUAACGCUUCUUUUGUUCCGUCACAAGAAGGUUCCAAUCCCACCACAGACGACGUCUCUCUCUCUGUCCUGAAGGCGCCUCCUCUGUCGCUUCUCGUGUUCUCCGACAGAAGAACGAUGCAAACCCACCACGGACGACGACUGUCUCGGUCCUCAUGGCGUCCUCUCCGACUCUCGGUCCUCACGGCUUCUCCUCCGACGAGUGUCUCGGUCCUCACUGAGAUCACUUCCCAAGGUUGAGGCGAUGUGAACAGGUUUACACAUCCAGUUCUUGCAUUAACCAAACACAACUUGAGAUUGUCGUUGAGAGAGAAAGAAGUCACGAGCUUUGUAUGUGAGAGGACAAGACAAAAGAAGUCAGGAGACAGAGUUUUGUAUGUUUGUAUGCAAGUUGAAGUCACGAGCUUUGUAUGUGAGAGGACAAGACAAAAGAAGUCAGGAGACAGAGUUUUGUAUGUUUGUAUGCAAGUUGAAGUCACGAGCUUUGUAUGUUUUGUAUGUCCGUGUCACGCGUUUUGGUUGUUUCUGUCACGAGUUUUGUGCGUUUUGUGUCACGAGUGUAUGGUUAACAAGUGUAUGUGUCACGAGUGUUGGUUGUGUAACUCUUCUCUGCUGCUCUAUAUAAAGCAUUGCAAUGCAUUUCAUUAUUUUCACUCUACUCUCAUCAUCACAUUCCUUCCGUUCUUAUCAUAAUCACGAACUCUCAUCAUCACAUUUCUUCCGUUCAUAUCAUAAUCACAAAAACGUUACACUCUACUCUCAUCAUCACAUUUCAUUGUUUUUUAUCCUGUCUUACAUUGAUCACCAAAAAAAUAAAGUUUUUCCUCAUCCUUCAAGUUAUAAAGUUUUCUCUUCGACCAUAAAUUUUUCACGUUCACAAAAAAAAAGAAAAAAAAAUCUAUGGCUUCUUCUUCACAUAACACUUCUGAGGGAGUAGAUGAUUUUGAUCAAUAUUUUGAUCAAUAUUGCAAUCAAUAUUUUGAUCAAAAUUUUGAUCAAACGUUCGAGGAUAUGUGCAUAAAUCAUGGUGAUCAAGAAGAUACAAGGAAAAAAAGAAAAAAACGAGUCUACAUCGAAAGAAAUCGUGAAGAAGGCAAUGUGCGUUUAUGGAAUGAUUAUUUCAGUGAGACUCCAACAUAUCCUCAAAAUCUAUUCCGACGACGAUUUAGAAUGAACAAGCCAUUGUUCACGCGUAUUGUUGAUCGACUCUCCAAUGAAGUUGAAUUCUUUCGACAAAAGAAUGAUGCUCUCAGAAGGUCUAGUCUCUCUCCACUUCAAAAGUGUACAGCAGCCAUUCGUGUCUUGGCAUAUGGUACUGCGGCUGAUGCUGUUGACGAAUACCUCCGACUCGGUGAAACUACUACUCGGUCAUGUGUCGAACAUUUUGUGGAAGGAAUAAUUUAUUUAUUCGGUGAUGGGUACCUACGAAGACCAACACCGGCUGAUCUUCAACGUCUACUUCAAGUUGGUGAGUUCCGUGGAUUUCCCGGGAUGAUAGGAAGCAUCGAUUGUAUGCAUUGGGAGUGGAAGAAUUGUCCCACCGCUUGGAAAGGGCAAUAUACACGUGGUUCGGGAAAACCCACAAUUGUUUUAGAGGCGGUUGCUUCGUAUGAUCUAUGGAUAUGGCAUGCGUUUUUCGGACCUCCAGGUACAUUAAAUGAUAUCAAUGUUCUUGAACGCUCACCUGUUUUUGAUGACAUAAUAAAAGGUCAAGCUCCGCAAGUCACUUUCUCUGUCAAUGGAAGCGAGUAUAAUUUGGCUUACUAUCUCACCGACGGUAUUUAUCCGAAAUGGGCUACUUUUAUCCAAUCUAUUCCAAUGCCACAAGGGCCGAAAGCGGUUUUAUUUGCUCAACAUCAAGAAGCUGUCCGAAAAGAUGUCGAGCGUGCUUUUGGAGUCUUGCAAGCUCGUUUUGCCAUUGUUAAAAAUCCCGCGCUUUUUUGGGAUAAAGCCAAAAUUGGGAAGAUUAUGAGAGCAUGUAUCAUACUCCAUAAUAUGAUCGUCGAAGACGAGCGAAAUGGAUAUACCCUAGUUAAUGUUUCAGAGUUCCAAGCAGGAGAAGACACCGGAAGUUCACAUGUCGAUCUCGAUUAUUCUACAGAUAUGCCUACAAAUAUCGCUAAUAUGUUAGGUGUUCGAACCAGAAUUCGUGAUAGACAAAUGCAUCAACAACUCAAAGCUGAUUUGGUUGAACAUUUAUGGAGUAAAUUUGGACAUGACGAAGACAACAACUGAGUUCGGAAUGUUUCUUUCAAAUUAUUCUCGUUUAUUUUAGUAAUCCUGUUUUUUUUAAAAAAAAUUAAAAUGUAUGUUUAAAAUGUUCUAUUUUAUUAAGUUUUAUUUAAUAAAAAAAUUUAUCUUUCAAAAAAAAAAUUAAGAACCCCUAACUAAGAAAUUACCAUUGGAGCACACAUUUCUAAUAGUUUCUUAGUUAAAGUUUUUAAGUUAAAAAAGUACAAUCAAUUAAUUAAAAAAGCAUUAAGAAACUCUCUUGAGGUUGUAGGGUUAAAGUUGCUCUAAGCUUAUUACUUAUUAUCGAAAUUCUUAUAUGAUUGUAUAGUACGAAUGGACAUCCAAGAGUUAAUGUCUAACUUGAUACGAGUGUCUACAUAAUUGAGCCAAGUGGACAGUGGGUGAAGUGUGAAUUCCCAGGUCUCGAACCUCUUUAAAUACGAGCAAUAUUGUAUCGCCAUUUUUCUCUCCUCGGCUAUAUCUAUGUGUAUCCAAAAAUACUCCAAUGAACGGAAAAAAAUAAGGUAGAUUAGAAGCUUAGAACAUUAUAGUAUGGUCCAUUUUAUUUACAACACCCAUGAGAUACCCAUACCUUCAUUAAGAAAAUAUGACAUACACAUCUUCGUAGUAUGAACAUCGGAGCAACAGCCGAAUUCAUAUCUAUCCAUCUAAAUAAAAUACUAUAUACCCAAAAAAACAAGAUAACGGAUAAUAUCAAGAGUUCUUUGUAUUUCUGCAUUAUAUAUAUCACAUCAGGAUGUAUAAAAAUUUGAAGUAAUCUGCACCCAAUAUUUUUUAUAGAAAAUAACUGGUUGGUCCAUGGAAACGUUUAUACAUAGAAUGUGGACUGUGGACACCAUCCACUCUAUUGAUUCUGAAAGAAAUAUCUUCGUGAUACCCAUCCAUACGAUAUCAACGUAAUUUCAAUCAACAUCUUUACAGCGAAAACA